GGGAUUUGGGAGUGGACGGAAAGUUCAAUUUAAGAAUUUUUUUUUUGAGUUCUGCCUUUCUAAAAUCCAAAUGGGUGUUCUUCAAUCUUUGAUCCUUCUCUGCAUUAUUUCCUUGAUUUCUUCCUCAUCUGUCACUCUUGCUCAGCAACCUUACGUGGGGUUGUUCACCUCUGAUUGCCAAAACACAAAUAGUUCAACUUCUGUUCUUGGUUACUUCUGCAAUGUCGUCAACCCAACUUGCCAGUCUUACCUAAUCUACAGAUCUCAACCCUCAUAUGAUACCGUUUCUUCCAUCGCUUAUCUCUUUGGCUCUGACCAGUCUCAGCUCGCCCAGAUUAAUUCAGUCUCUGAGAAUGAGAUCUUCGGAACAAACAAGGAGGUGAUCGUUCCCGUCAAUUGUUCCUGUUCCGGUCAGUUUUCUCAGGCAAACACUACUUACUCUGUUCAACUACAUGAUACUCCUUUCUUGAUCGCUAACGACACCUUACAAGGCCUUUCUACCUGUCAAGCUAUCCAGAAUCAAAACAUCAACCUUACGGCUACGAACCUCAAUGUUGGCCAAACGAUUACCAUACCCCUUCGGUGUGCUUGCCCCAGCAAAAAUCAAAGUGAUGCUGGCAUCAAAUAUCUACUCAGUUACACAAUCGGUCAGGAUGAUUCUCUUUCCGCUAUAAGUGGGCAGUUUCAAGCUAACUCCAUGGAUAUCCUUGCAGCUAAUGAGCUUUCUGAUCCUAAGAACAUUUACCCCACCACAACCCUCCUUGUUCCUUUACGGUAUCCACCAUCCAGUUCUCAAACCUCAAGCCCACCACCUCCGCCUUCUUCCACUCCUCCUCCUCCUUCUCCCUCUCCAUCACAGAGUACAUCUUCAAAUAAAAUAUGGCUCUAUGUUGUUAUUGCAGUUGCUGCGUCCGUUGGUACCAUGGUGAUUGUCUUUCUCAUAAUCUUCUCUCUUUGGUUUCGUAAACCUAAGAGGGGCGAAGCUGAUCCUAAACUCAUCUCGAAGAAGACGACCAAGGAUUAUUCAAUUCUCACCUCAGGCACGCUCAACAAGAGUUCAGAGGUAGAAUCCAGCGAGUUCCUUGCGGGUAUUGCUGACAUUGCUUCCAUUAAAGAGUAUAAAUUUGCAGAUUUGCAAUCUGCUACCGAGAAUUUCACCCCCAACUGUUGGAUCAAUGGAUCUGUCUACCGUGGAAAGAUUAAUGGGGACCUAGCUGCUAUUAAAAAGAUCAAUGGGGAUGUCUCCAAAGAAAUAAAUUUACUCUCCAAGAUCAACCAUGUCAAUAUUAUCAAGCUCUCGGGUGUUUGUUUUAAUGAGGGGAAUUGGUAUUUUGUUUAUGAGUAUGCCAUGAAUGGACCUCUGAGUAACUGGAUUCGUAGUAACAUGAGCAGGCCAAAGGUUUUAAGCUGGACAGAGAGAGUACAGAUUGCAUUGGAUGUGGCCAAGGGGCUUAAUUAUCUCCAUAGCUACACCAAUCCUCCCUAUGUCCACAAGGAUAUAAAGAGCAGUAAUAUUCUUCUGGACAGUGAUUUCAGGGCUAUGAUAGCCAAUUUUGGUUUAGCAAGGUCUACAGAAGAGCAAGAAGGUGGCUUCGCAUUGACAAAGCACAUUGUUGGGACAAAAGGUUACAUGGCACCUGAGUAUUUGGAGGAUGGUUUGAUCUCUCCAAAGCUGGAUGUUUAUGCAUUUGGGGUUGUAAUGCUGGAACUAAUCACUGGAAAAGAUGUUGUUUCAUCUCAAGCGGAAGAUUUGCUCUUACUUGAUGUGUUAAUAGCUAUACUCCAUGAGGAAAAUACAGAAGAAAAGCUAGGAGGAUUUAUAGAUCCUUCUCUACAAGCAAAAUAUCCUUUGGACCUGGCUCUGUCUCUGGCCAGACUAAUAGAGAGUUGCUUAAGUAAGAAUCCAGCAAGUCGACCAGGUAUGGAUAAGAUUGCGCAGUCCCUCUCAAUAAUCGUCGCUACUUCAGUAUCUUGGGAAUCACUUCUCUUGGGUACAGAGGUUUAACAGCAGUUCAUAGG